AUGUUGAGUAUUGCACGAUCGCGGCUCGCAUUGGCUUUCCAAUUCCUGUUCAUCGUCAUCAAUGCUUUCGCCCUAUUGCUCGGCGUGGUCUACAACCACAAAACCCCCGAAAUGUAUGCAAACAAUGCACACGGCAAGACCGGAUGGAUCAUUACCUGGAUCGCUUCAGCCUGGGUUUUCAUGGCUCUUGUUCAGGUUUAUGCAGGCCGAGCUUCGUCGCCCGAGUCUACAGACGACGAAACCCAACCCAUGACCACGGCCAACAUGGCCCGCUACCAGCGCGUGCAAGAUUGCCUUCCAGAUCCUUCGCGCUUUUCGAACGAUUCGGGCCAGGGUACGGAGCGCAACUCCGCAUCUCUCUUCGGCCACUCUAGGUCUCCCAGCGUCGAGGAGGACGAGCAUCUUUUCAGUGGACCCACUCGGAGGUACACUUCUGACGACGACGAAGCUUUCGAUGAGACCGAGAAGCCGAAAUUUUUGCGUAACACUGCGGUCGACAAUUUCUUCUCACGAAAUGUCGCCCGCUUCGCAGUGGGUCGUCCUCUCAAGUGGCUUCGCUUCUUCUAUGUUGUUAUCGAGAGGACUAUCCUGGUUCAAGGUUUCGUAGCAUUUGCAACCGGAACUGUGGUCUAUGGUGGUAUUGCACACGGCGGCGCUGUCUUCAAUGUCCUUGCCCACUACGUGAAAGGCGCCAUCUUUUUCGGAUAUGGACUUCUAACUCUCGGCCGCUGGAUGGGAGCCUUUGCGGAUUUUGGCUGGGCUUGGAACAUGAAGCCAUGCAAGGAUGUAGUCGGUCGUCGGAAAGCGGGUGUACCAUCUGCCGAGUUCACCGAAUCCUUCGUCAUUUUCCUCUACGGCUGCACAAAUGUAUUCCUCGAGCAUCUUGCUGCAUGGGGAGAUGCGUGGACUGCUCAGGACUUGGAGCAUGUCUCCAUCUCCGUGAUGUUCUUUGGUGGUGGUUUGUUGGGCAUGAUUGUCGAAUCGCGAAAGAUGCGCGAGCUGCUUAACUCAUCCGUCCUAUCAUCUCAGCCUGUUGGCCAACAGCAGGACGAGGCAUGGAAACAGCCAAGACAGUACAAUUUUUCGAUGAAUCCCAUGCCAGCACUGAUCAUUCUGCUGUUGGGUAAGAUGAUGAGCUCUCACCACCAGGCUUCCAUGCUGUCUACCAUGAUCCACACCCAGUGGGGUAGCAUGUUCAUGGGCUUUGCUCUUGCCCGUGGCCUCACCUACAUCACCCUCUUCAUCUCUCCUCCUUCAUCCUUCCUGCCCUCUCGCCCGCCUACCGAGGUCAUCACUUCCUUCUGCCUGAUCGCCGGUGGCAUCACCUUCAUUGUGAGCAACAAGGACACUGUUGCGGCUCUUGAGUCGUACAACCUGGACGCCAUGUUCACGUUCACCGUCACCAUGGGCUUGACGGCUCUCCUCAUGGCCUGGACUACCGUCUUGAUCGCUAUCAAGGGCUGGGCGGUACGCAAGGAGAGCACCACCCGAUAUGCCAAGCACACUGCCGGUGCAUUGGCUUGA